UUGCGCUCGUCCCUGCCCCUUCCCGCCAUAAAGGCACCGGCCGCUCGCUCCACUUCACCACACCUUCUGCGACAUCUUAGCCGCUCCUCGUGCAGCUGUCCCCAGACUUCGGCCACCGCUUCAGCCUCGCCAUGGAUCCCAACUGCUCCUGCGCCACUGGUGGCUCCUGCACCUGUGCUGGCUCCUGCAAAUGCAAAGAGUGCAAAUGCACCUCCUGCAAGAAGAGCUGCUGUUCCUGCUGCCCCGCGGGCUGUGUCAAGUGUGCCCAGGGCUGCAUCUGCAAAGGGGCGUCAGACAAGUGCAGCUGCUGUGCCUGAUGCAGGGGAGAGCCUGCUCCCCAUGUAAAUAGAGCAACCUGUACAAACCUCCAUAUUUUUACAACCCUGAUCCCUUUGCUAUAGUCCUUUUUUUCCCCUAUAAAACACAUGGAUGAUAAUAAAACUGACUGACUCUA